GAUCGAAGCGUCAACCAGCUGCGGCUGUUUUGUUUGUCUUUUGCGUGGAUCAGUAAGCACGUGUUGGUUGCUGAUGUGAUGCCGGUUAUAUUGCAUCAGCUCAUAUUAAACUACGGUUUGUGGUAGUUGCAGUGAUAAAACAAGCUGAAGCAAUAAAAAACGGCAACAUGCUGAAGCCGAUCCUCCAGCAGUUGGCUACCAAACGUGUGGUGUUGGCGAGCGGAUCCCCGCGAAGACAGGAGUUGAUUCAGAAUAUUGGUCUCUCCAACGUACACCUGUGUCCCUCGACUUUUGAAGAGAAUCUCGACAAAAAUGAAUAUUGCUUCGCUGACUAUGUCGCCGAAACAGCUUACCACAAGGUGCUGGAAGUGUACAACCGCCUGACCGCAAGCAGCGAUCCCGCCGAACGGCCAGACGUAGUCAUUGGGGCCGACACGAUGGUCACCAUGGACGGCAAAAUGUAUGGGAAACCCAAAACGCCGGAGAGGGCAUUCCAGAUGCUUAGCGAAUUGAUGGGCAGAGAGCAUACCGUCUACACGGGAGUCGUUAUCAAACACCAUGACCGGGUGGUGAAGUUCACAGAAGCUUGCAAGGUGCAGUUCGGGAAGGCAACUGGCGAACAGAUUCAAGCCUACGUCGACACUGGAGAGCCAUUAGAUAAGGCCGGUGGAUAUGGCAUUCAGGGCAUCGGAGGUACGUUCGUGGAGCGAAUUGAAGGAGACUACUUCACGGUGGUUGGCCUACCUCUGUAUCGAAUAUCGGCCGAGAUGUGCAAACUGUUCGGGUAUGACGUUUCCAAGUGAGUCUGUUGCAGGCAUUUAUUGAAGCGGGUUCCUUAUUAAACAUUACAAUCGAAAAAUGUAGGCCAAGCCGACAAACUAAAA